AUGCUCUUUGCUGGUAGCGCACGAGAAGGGCACGACGCGGGGACACUGCUGCAACAGCGACGACAGGGGCUCGCCGCCGGCAAAGCCUCCGGCGCCGGCGACCUCUGGGAGCCCACCUCGGUGCUUGACCACCGACACAGCCCGAGCCCGAGCCCUCCGACCUCGGUUUCCACGCUGUCGUCGCCCCUGGGCGCCGCGACCGCCGGUGUGGCGGCCCUCGCCGGUGCCAACGCCAAGAACGUCUCCACGCCGCCGGUGGCGGCGGCAUGGCCAGGGGGAGGGGCUGGGGAGGAGGCCGUGGCGGGGGGCAAGGAGGAGUGGCAGCUCACGCCGCUUGACAUGGGCCUUAGCGCCGGCGAAGGGUGGGACGCCGCCGGCGCCGUCCUGUCCGAUGGCGCGGCGCCGCCGGGACUCGCCCCCGACCACACCUUCCUCAGGUGGAUCAUUGGCGGCGAGGACGCGUCUGCGGCUAUGGGGUCUGUCAUGAACCCGCCGGUCCUUGAGCUGGACCACGCGUUGUCCAUGAUGUCGCCGGCGUUCGGGACCAGCAUGCCGUUCGCGCCGGCCAUGGAGGACGUCAAGGCAGUGCCUUUCGGCCACACGCCCAACUUCCUGGUCCACCAUCACCAGCACCACCCCCAGCCACACGCCGCCUUCUUCGGCUCGCACUCGCACCCGUCCCUCGACGCGGCGCCGCAGCCGAAGCGACCCCACCCGAUGGCCGGCGCGCCGGCGCCAAAGCUGCCAUCUUUCCCUGGGCCCGUCGCCCAGGCGGGCGGGUUUGCGCCCGCUUUGAAGCCCAAGGCGGAGGCAGGUAACGACGAGGUGACCGCUGCGGUGGACCAGCUUGCCGAGGCGGCCAAACUUGCCGAGGCUGGCGACGCCUUCGGCGCCCGCGAGAUAUUGGCGCGGCUCAAUUAUCGGCUCCCCGCCGUCCCCACGGCCGGGACGCCGCUGCUCCGCUCAGCCUUCUACUUCAAGGAGGCCUUGCGCGUUGCGCUCUCCCCAACCUGCGAGGCCCUGUCGCCCCCGGUUUCCACGCCGUACGACGUGGUCCUCAAGCUCGGGGCGUACAAGGCCUUCUCCGAGGUCUCCCCCGUGCUCCAGUUCGCGCACCUCACCUGCGUGCAGGCGGUGCUCGACGAGCUCGGGGCCGCCAGCCGCAUCCACGUGCUCGACUUGGACAUUGGCAUGGGUGAGCAGUGGGCGUCGCUGAUGCAGGAGCUCGCGCAGCGCUGCCCCGCGUCGACGCUCAAGGUGACCGCAUUGGUGUCCUCGGCGUCGCACCACCCGCUGGAGCUGAACCUCAUCCACGAGAACCUUUCCGGCUUCGCCCGGGAGCUCGGCGUGUUCCUCCAGUUCGCGGUGUUCAACAUCGACACCCUGGACCCCGCGGAGCUGGUGGCCAUCACCAGCGGAGACGCCGUGGCCGUGCACCUCCCCGUCGGGUCGGCCCACGUGGCCGCAAUGCCGGCCGUCCUCCGCCUCGUCAAGCGGCUCGGCGCCAAGGUGGUGGUCUCCGUGGACCGCGGCUGCGACCGCACGGAGCUGCCGUUCGCGGCGCACCUAUUCCAGGCGUUCCAGUCGUGCGUGUCCCUGCUCGACUCCGUCGACGCCGUGGGCGCGGACGCCGAGGCGGUGGCCAGGAUCGAGCGGUUCCUGGUCCAACCCGACGUGCAGCUGCGCGUGGUGUCGCGCCACCGCGCGUCGGCCAUGGACAAGCCGCCGCCGCUUGCGUGGCGGACCGUGUUCGCGUCGGCGGGGUUCGUUCCGGUGCAGGCCAGCACGUUCGCCGAGUCGCAGGCCGAGGCCCUCCUCAAGAGGAUGGCGCUGAUGGGGUUCCGCGUGGAGAAGCGCGGCGGCGCGCUCUGCCUCUACUGGCAGCGCGGCGAGCUGGUGUCCGUGUCGGCGUGGCGGUGCUGA